UAACCCCAUUGAGCUUUUGUGAGAUCAGUAGGUGCAUGAGAAGUGCCCGACAAUACAGUCACUGAGUCACAUCUAUGUCAAGUGCUACAGGAAGUGUGGGGUGAAAGGUCACCUGAGAAUCUGGACAAACUGACAGCUAGAAUGCCAACGAUCUGCAAAUCUGUCAUUGCUGCUUGUGGAGAUUUUUUUCUUUUUGAAAUAGUGAUUUUUCCCGCUAUUAAUGUCCUGGCUAUAUAUUGUGAUCAGUUGAAUGCCACUUUGGUAAAUAAAAGUACCAAUUUCUUUCUAUAAGAACAAAAUCUCUACAUUAUUCCAAACCUUUUGGCCGCUAUUGUGUAUAUAUAAUAUGUAAUAUAUUUUAUUACAUCAUCGAUUAAUCAAGGCGAAGACGCCGCAUUGAGACUUUUAUUUUGAAAGAAUUUGUUGACGUCCAAAUGUGCGUCUGACGUCACGCCAGUGGCCGAGGUUUGCGGAAGCGUGUGAAACUGUGUGAGCUUGGUUAGUGUUUAUGAAGUGUAACAUGACGGUGUGCAGCUUCUUUCUUCAGGGCCGCUGCAGAUACGGAGAUAAAUGCUGGAAUGAACAUCCGAGAGGCGGAAGAGGAGGAGAUUAUAGCGGAAACCAGCAGAGCAACAGAGGAGGCUAUGGGAAUAGAGUGUGGAUAAACCCAUCUCAAAGGACCAGUGGUGGCGAUUACAUCCAGCCCUCCACGUUCUCUCGAGGUGGUGGCAAUGACUGGAACAGAGGCGGUGGGACGAGAGACCCCAAAAGCUCUGAUUUCAGCUUCUCCAGCCAGAACAGAUUCUCAGCGCUCAACACUCAAAGUAACUUUGAUAAAGGAGAACAAAACGCAGCGGAUAACAAUGCAAAACAUGUUGAAACAAUCCAGCAAGAUAUGGAGAGCUGGCAGACCUCUGGCCAGUGGCCGUUUUCAUGUUAUUCUGUUCUCAAGGGGCAGAUCUCAGGGUUUGUUGAGUUGUCUCCUGAAGAGCUGAGACUGGAAUAUUACACUAGCAGCGCAUCUGGUGACCUUCAGGCUUAUGUGAACUCAGUGCAGCAGCUGGCCAACCAAUGGAGGAGCAGAGUUCAAGAACUCCGAACCAUGAGCAGCUCCACUCAGAUCAGUGUGAUGUCAGAGCUCAAUAACUCCAGUUCUCAAACAACAUCACAUGGGUUUGGAUCCUCAAGCUCUGGGUUCAGCUCGACAGCAUCUGGGUUUGGAACCACACCAGCAUCAUCAUCAGCAGCAGCAGCAGCGUUUGGAGCAGGAGGGUUUGGCUCGGACUCUCAGAGCAGCAGCUCUUUUAGCUUUGCCUCGCCCGGAACUGGUUUUGGAGCAUCAAAUACCCAGCAAGCAUCUGGAUUUGGCUCUACAUCCACCACAGCUCAGCCCUCGUCAGGUUUCGGCAGUUCCGCUCCGUCUGCGGCGUCCUUCUCCUUCGCAGCUCCAGAUGCGGCAAAUAAACCCAACACAGGAGCGUUCGGCUCUGCCGCGGAGUUCAGCUUCACCUCCUCCGGUAGCUCCGCGGGAGGGUUUGGCAGCGUGUUUGGGGCAUCGGCACCAGCAGGGGGCGGAAGUGUGACUCAGAGAAACAGCAGUUUGUUUGGUGGAGCGGCAGGCAUUGGGAAUUCUGGGAAUGCUGCGGACAGUCUCUUCACAGCUCCGAGUGAUCUGACCCCUGAUGAAAUUAAGGAAUUCACAGCGAAACGCUUCACACUGGGACAAAUCCCCCUUAAACCGCCUCCCGCUGACCUGCUCAUGGUCUGACACAUGGUCUGGUGGUUUGUGAGCUGGUCUUUUAAUACAACAUAAAUAAAUGUGAAAAAUUCACAAA